UCAGAAACAGAAAGAAAGAUUCAAAGCUUUAAAACAUACACAUGUACUUAACACGUACACACUUACUUUUUUCUUUACAUACUCACUCUUCUUAAUCGGUUGUUGAAUUCUGAAUAAAUAGUGUCUGCUUGCGAGAAAAAGUAGUUGGACUUGGAUGCUUCCCAAAACACACUGCAAUGAACAACAACUUCAAACCUCAAAGAUAGAUAGAGUUUGGUUGUAAAAGAAAACAGAAGCACUGGCUGGUUCCCCUUAGUGCAUAAAUCUACAGUUGCCACCAUGUUUCACCGCCGGAGCAAUUCUCAUCAAGAUCACGAAAACAGCGAGGUUUAUGCCGAAUCCAAGGUUAAGGAGCUAAAGGGAGCAAUGGGACCGUUAUCCGGGCGCAGCUUGAAGUACUGCACAGAUGCUUGUUUUAAGAGAUAUUUGGAAGCUCGGAAUUGGAAUGUAGACAAGUCCAAGAAGAUGUUGGAGGAUACACUAAAUUGGAGAUCAACCUAUAAGCCUGAGGAGAUUCGCUGGCAUGAGGUUGCCGUGGAAGGGGAGACAGGGAAACUGUAUAGAGCAAAUUUUCAUGACAGGCAAGGAAGGACUGUUCUUAUCUUGAGACCUGGAAUGCAGAACACCAAAUCAAUGGAGAAUCAGAUGAAGCACUUGGUGUAUCUUUUGGAAAAUGCAAUGCUUAACCUUCCACCAGGUCAAGAACAAAUGGCAUGGUUGAUAGAUUUCACUGGCUGGUCAUUGACCAAUAGCGUGCCAGUUAAGUUGGCCAGAGACACCAUCAACACUCUUCAGAAUCACUAUCCUGAGAGGCUUGCCAUUGCAUUUCUUUACAAUCCUCCAAGAAUUUUUGAAGCUUUUUGGAAGAUAGUCAAGUACUUCUUGGAUACAAAGACAUUUGAGAAAGUGAAGUUUGUGUAUCCCAAAAACAAAGAUAGUGUGGAACUCAUGAAGUCUUAUUUUGAUGAUGAGAAUCUUCCAAAAGAAUUAGGAGGAAAAAGCACUAUGAAGUAUAACCAUGAAGAGUUCUCAAGAUUAAUGGUUCAAGAUGAUUUGAAAUGUGCAGCAUUUUGGGGUCCUGAAUCAGAAGUAGCUCCAGAUCCAGAUUACAAUGAAGCCACCUCCAUUUGAGGCACUUAACCUCUCUGUGAAGAUAUAUAAUAUAUGAAUACUAAUCAAUAAUUGUAUAGCAAUUAGCACCAAGAAAAUUAGGACUAAGCAUGGCAAUGUUGCUCAAUAAAAAAGUACUUAUUCAACUAUAUUAAAAAUUAUCAAUUCUAAAUUCUAGGUAGAGACAAAUGAAUUAAUUA